AUGGCAUACCUCAGUGACUUUGUCAAGUCAACCCUCUCCAGGGUCGUCCUCGGAAAGGAGAUUCCCACCUUCCCCUACAACAUCGGCAACAAAGUUGAAUCCUUCGACUCCACCAUCUGGGCCCUCCACAAGGGCACCAAACGAGAGGACAACUCGCCAGUUUCGAUUCUCUGCUUCGACUGUGUCCGUCAGAAAGACAAGCUGCCUCUGGCCAGGAAUGCAUUCAAAAAGUUUCGCACCAUUCGACACCCCGACCUGAUCAAGUAUAUCGACGGCGUUGAGACCGAGUCAUAUAUCUACAUUGUCACCGAUGCUGUCACCCCAUUGCAGGACCACCUCCGCUCCAACCUGGAUCCCAAUUUGAUCCGAUGGGGUCUCUUCAAAGUCGCAACUGUGCUCAAGUUCUUGACUGUCGACGCUUCUUUCAUUCACGGCAACAUUCGCACGUCGUCCAUCUUUAUCACCAAAUCAGGAGAAUGGAAAGUCGGUGGAUUUGAGGUGCUUUCAUCAUUGAAGGAGGAUCAGCCUGCCAUCCUUACAUUUGCUGGAUUGAUCCCAGAGUCGAAUCGCUAUGCACCACCAGAGGUCCGGAAAAAGUCAUGGAACAUCGUCAAAGAUUUCGAAUUGUGGUCGACUGAUACGUGGCACUAUGCAUGCUUGAUUUAUGAGGUCUACAACGGAGCAUUCACGAACUCUGAACAACUCGCCUCACCUGGAAGUAUUCCUGCAGAGAUGACCCCUUUUUACACGAACCUUCUCCGCCCAGACCCAAAGACACGACCCAGCGUAGGCGACUUCUUGGACAAGGGCAUGCAGGCAAAGGGAUUCUUCCAUAACGAUCUGAUCCAGAUUGUCAACUUCUUGGAGAACUUUUCGGUCAAGGAACCAUUACAGCGGGAUACAUUCCUUCGUAAGCUGGAUAUGCAGAUCGAUCGUCUCCCUCAGGAGUUUUGCAAAUAUAAGGUCUUGCCCGAGCUUGUCCAAGCUUUGGAAUACGGAUCGGGCGGCCCUAAGGUUCUUGCACCCAUUGUCAAGAUUGGUGCUACAUUGGAGGAGCAGGAGUAUGAGGCGCUGAUCACCAAUGUGUUGGUCAAGAUGUUUGCGUCAACGGAUCGGUCCAUUCGAUUGAGUCUCUUGGAGAACCUGAGCGGUUUCAUCGAGAGGAUCAACAAGAAGAUUGUCAACGAGAAGAUCUUUCCCAGCAUGGCACUUGGAUUCACAGACACGGCGCCUAUUAUUCGCGAGUGGACGGUCAAGUCGGUUUUGCUCGUCAUUGGAAAGUUGUCAGACAAGACCAUCAACUACGACCUGUUGAGAUAUCUAGGCAAGCUUCAGACAGACGAGGAGCCAGGAAUUCGUACCAACACUGUCAUCUGUCUCGGCAAGAUCGCAAAGCACUUGAACGACAGCAUGAAAGCAAAGAUCUUGGUGCCGGCGUUUACCCGCAGUUUGCGCGAUCCUUUUGCACACGCUCGUGUUGCAAGUUUGAUGGCGCUCAAUGCUACUGCUGAUUCCUACGACAAGGUCGAUAUUGCUAACCGCAUUAUACCCUGCAUUUCAUUGACCCUCGUGGAUACCGAAAAGAUUGUGCGCGUGCAAGCAAUGAGGUCUUUGGAAACUUUUGUCAAGCGCGUCGAGAAGUUGAUUGAGAGCAUGCCGGACUCUGCGAUUGUGGAUACAGGAAGGGAGAGUCCCAAUGGCGCACCUACAGCGCGUUCAGCAACGCCAUCGACACCAUCUUCAGAGACCUGGGCAGGUUGGGCCGUCUCCUCGAUAACAAAGAAGCUGGUUACAGGAGACAUGCAGCCCCAAGCUGUUGGAUCCCCACGUAUGGGCAACAACUCACCAUCGCCUGCCGGUACCCCAGUCCCAUCCACUACAUCAAACAACGGAUCGGGCAUGUCGCUUUCGAACGCUGGCGGAUCGAAUGGACUUCAUAUCGCUACCGAAGGCAGGAACGGUGGUGGCAUGGGUGGACACUCUGUCAACAGGUAUUCUUCGGCGUUGGCUGCUGUUGAGGCUGAUGAGGCUAUUGCAGGAGGCGGUGGGGGUUGGGGUAAUGAGGAUGAUGAUUUGUUUGCGGAUGAGGGGUUCGAGCCCAUGGAGACCUUUGAGCCCUCGACGCCUUCGCCUAUGCCUAGUUUCUCGACCAUGAAGCCUACGAUAGCCCAGGCACCGUUGAGACCUUCUACCAAUUCCAGUUCUUCGAUGUCUUUGGGAAGUGGUAACAGGGCGGGAGCUGGUGCUUCUUCUGCUCGUCUUGGUUUUGGCGCCAUGGAUGAUUCUGGAGCAGAUGCCUGGGAUGGAGAUGAUGAUUUGUUCAAGAGUCUCAACAUCGGUAACAGCAAUACUUUGAACGCAAGACCACUGUCGGCGUCAUUGAAGCCCGCGAGCAGAUCUAUGACUGGCACACCUCCACCACCACCACCACCUAGCUCAGCAACGACAACACCGGGUAGCGGGUUCGUAAGGAAGGAGGAAAAGAUGGCCGAGAUGGCACGGAAGCGUGAGGAGAGGCGGUUGCGGAUGGCCGAGGCUAAAGAAAAAAAGUCUCAAACCACCCUUGGUGCCAGAAAGAUCUGA